AUGUUGCGAUCAGUCUGGAGGUCUCAAGGCCGGAGGGCCACUUCUGCUUUUAGGAAUGCGUCUACCACAAGGCAAGUAAUUGGAAUUGACCUUGGCACUACAAAUUCUGCCGUAGCUGUGAUGGAAGGUCAAACGCCCAAGAUUCUCGAAGACUCGGAGGGAAGAAGGACUACGCCUUCGACGGUGGCGUUCACCAAAGAAGGUGGCGUUCUUGUUGGUGAAGCAGCCAAAAGGCAAUCGAUUUUGAAUCACGAGAACACAUUUUACGCCACCAAAAGAUUGAUGGGAAGGAAGUUUUCUGACGAAGAAGUCCGACGGGACGUGAAAGUUUCGCCCUACAGGAUAUCGGAACACGAAAACGGAGAUGCAUGGCUGGAAACCACUUACGGAAUGAAAUAUUCACCCUCCCAGAUUGGAGGUUACGUUUUGGCAGAAAUGAAGCGCAUAGCAGAAGGUGGACUGGGAGCCGAUGUGCGCAAUGCCGUCGUGACUGUGCCUGCUUACUUUAACGAUGCUCAGAGACAGGCGACAAAAGUAGCUGGUGAUAUUGCUGGGCUCAAAGUUCUUCGUGUGGUCAAUGAGCCAACUGCUGCAUCGUUAGCGUAUGGGCUGGACAAACAGAAGGAUGGUAUCGUUGCUGUAUACGAUCUUGGAGGAGGUACCUUUGAUAUUUCGAUACUGGAUAUUGAAGAUGGCGUUUUUGAGGUGAGAUCUACUAACGGAGACACGCAUCUUGGUGGUGAAGAUUUUGACCAUAUUCUGGUAAACUAUAUCCUGGAUAGUUUUGAGGUUGGUACUGGUAAAGACCUGCGCAAGGAUAGACUUGCCAUUCAGCGAAUCAGACAGGCAGCAGAAAAGGCAAAGAUCGAGUUGUCGCAUGUGAAGACGACGAGAAUAGAGCUGCCUUUCAUAACUGAUUCCGACAACAUCUCACUGGAACUAACUGAAGAUCAAUUGGACGAUAUGUCACUGCACCUGAUCCAGAGAACGAUCACACCUCUGAAGAAGGCGAUCAAAGAUGCGGAUUUGGAAGUUACUGAUAUCGACGAGGUCAUUCUGGUUGGAGGAAUGACCAGAAUGCCAAAAAUACGGAAAACAGUUCAGGAUUUCUUCAAGAAGGCUCCUAGUGUUGCGGUGAAUCCGGACGAAGCAGUUGCACUCGGAGCUGCUAUCCAAGGCGCUGUACUUUCCGGGGAAGUCAAGGAUGUGUUGCUUCUUGAUGUCACACCUCUGACUCUUGGAAUUGAGACCUAUGGUGGAAUUUUCUCUCCUUUGAUCCCCAGAAACACUACUGUUCCCUGCAAAAUCCAACAGUUGUACUCCACCGCUGUUGAUGGACAGAACGCGAUAGAUAUCAAUGUUUAUCAGGGAGAGCGCCCAUUGGUCCAGGAUAACAAGCUUAUUGGAAAUUUCAAGCUGACGGGCAUUCCACCCGAGGCCAAAGGCAUUCCUAAGAUCAAGGUUUCAUUCGAUAUCGAUGCUGACGGAAUCAUCAAGGUGAGUGCUACAGACGAUUCGGGAAAGGAGUCCUCUAUAACUGUUCAGGGAGCUACAGGACUCACUGAAGAAGAGGUUGCCCGUAUGGUGGAGGAGUCAAAGAAUCUGAGUGAGCAAGAUAAGAUUCGCAAGGAAGUGCUGACAGCAGCGAACAACUUGGAGUUGAUCUGUUUUGACACAGAACAGGCAAUUGAACAGUUCAAGAAGUUGAUCGAUGAAGCGUCAUUGACCAAUCUUCUCUCUAAAGUGAAGGAAAUGCGUGCGUUGGUGGAAGAGGCCAGAAAUGGAGACUUUGCCGAUAUUUCGGUGUUGAAUACUGGCCAAGAACAGUUGAAGGCCGAAGCUCUGGUCGUCAUGGAGAAGGUGAUAGCGGCCAGCCGGGAAAAGAAAGUUUAG